GUAUCAACCGCCCACAGGCACUGGGACAUGGCCCAUUUCUUCAUGCUGAAGAUUGAGGGCCGCUUGGUUCCUAAUCAGAUGGUUAGAACCAUCAGUCGAUUCAGAGAGCAUCUCCCUCAAGACCUAAUGCCUCUUGAGUUUGCAGUCCUGAUGGCUUUCACGUUCUGGGCCUACGCCAGACACCCAGUGCUUACUACAGAACUCUGGGCAAAGGGGCCGGGAGGAAACAUCAAGAAAGUCGUGCCGCGAAUCGACCUUGGUGUCUGGCUGACGUACGCGCCGCACUUCGUGCGCACUCAUGAGGAACUUGGCCUCGCCCUGUACGAGCAUCCCUUUCGGUUUACCUCGAACCAUUACGAGAAGGACCAAGCCUACUUCCAGGACAGCUCCGUGGUGCCCUUCAGACAAAUUGAUGAAGGGGAGAUCUUGGAACUGAUCGACGGCAUGGGCAUCAAUUUGGGAGACUUUGAGCGGGUCAUCCCGUCCUCUUGGCCCGGAUCGAGGCUGGAAUACCCUGGCUUGUCGGGCAUGGAGUCGACACCUCAGCAGCACGGAUUGGACCGGGCCUUAACUUGGCCUUUCUAGGGUACUUGGGAAUUCCUUUCCAGGGUACUUGGGAAUUCUGCUCUAGGGUUGAUGAGACAUGCUGGAGGUAGUUAGCUUUAGUAUUGGUUCAUGAUACAUACUUGACAACUUUAGACUAUUUGGUGAUACAGCUAUCGGUUUAUGAAAUGCACACUGAAGAGACGU